AUGAUCGUAUACCCUUCAGAGCCAACACUUCUCGCCAAAUCAGGCACUGUUGUUGGGGCACCAGCCCUCGUCCGGAUGUCCUUCCUCAACGGCCAUCGUUUCAUUGCCGCUGGGCCUCCGAAAAUCAUCAAGAACCCCCAGAAGAUAAAAGCUCUACUCGAGCGCCCUGUCCCUCGCAUAGCCGUUCAGAAGCGAUUCAACACAUUGCUGGGAGACUUUUGUGGCGAAAACGUGGACGUGAACAGGAACGGCAAGGUCAUCGACACAUCUGCCAGUGCUCGACAAAAGCACAGUUCGUCGCAUAAGGACAAGGCAAAGAAAAAAUCGCGCAAAGUGUCAGGAAUUGUGGUCGGGAUCGACUUUGGCAACACAUUUACCGGCGUGUCCUAUGCCCACCAGAACGACGGAGAGAUGAUUGACGUUGUGAAAUGGCCAAAGUCGACAAGCGCAUACUCUAAGGUGCCGACAGUAAACCUCUACAACUCGGAGACGGACGUCAGGAAACUAACGGAAUGGGGCGCCUCUGCAGCGACAAGCUUUCGACGUUCCAAGGGCGACCGUACACUAAUCUCGGAUUACAAACUACAAUUCUUUGAUCAAGGACGGCAAGCAGUGCUGAAGCAUGGAUUAUUCCUGUCAGACGUCUUGACGCAUUACCUUCGAGGAGUUCAUGAAUACCUUAUGGAAGAGAUCAACAAAGCCCAGGUCGUCAAGCCAGGAACAGUCCCCAUACACUACUGUGUCACAGUGCCAAAGUCAUGGAGUAGGUCCACCCAGGGCCUUAUCUUGCGAUGCUACGUUGACGCCGGUAUCAUUCCACAGAUACGAGCACCCAACGUUGUCGUCAUCUCGGAGGCCGAGGCAGCAGCGGCUUACUGUCGAGAACACUGUGUCGAAACAGACUCGCUCGAGGAUGGGGACCUCUUUAUGAUCUGCGAUGCUGGAGGUCGAACGACUCAAGUCACUGUCUUUCGGGUGGACGACUCUUUGGGUGUUCGCCAGUUUGAGUACCUCUCGUCCUCCCACGCCGAGAACUGUGGGUCAGCCAUGCUCGACCAGAACUUUAAGGAUCUCGUCCUACAACGACUCUCUGGACUGGACCUCGAUGCACGGCCGCAACGACAAAAGGCGCUUGAGACCCUGCUGGAUGGAUUCGCAGAGAUCAAGUCGCUAUUUGAUGCCCGGGCAAAGGAGGAGAUCAAGCACUUAUCGGUACCGAUGGGACUGGAUAUCUUUGAGCUCAACCCGAUGCCGGACUGGAUGGACGACGACUUUAUGGCAGUCUCUGGACAGGAGCUCUGCGACAAAGUGUUUGACCCGGUCAUUGAGCGAAUAGUGGACCUUAUUCUGGCGCAGGCUCAGGAACACCCCCGGAUCUUUGCAGGACUCUUUCUUGUCGGUGGGUUUGGGAGCAACAAGUAUCUCCUCCACAAACUCAAGGAAACGUUCCUGCUGCCUCGCCCACCAUCCACAACAUCACCGCACCAUUCUGGAUCGCUGCAUUCUCGACUAUCAUCGAAUGCCUCCAGAAGCAACCUUGCGUCAGUCGAGGAAGCUCCAGAGAUGGGUAUGGGUAUAGGCAGUGGUACUCAUACAGGGCUGAUUGAGCACGUUGUCAUGGUUCCCAAAGCCGAGCUGGCUGUUGCUCGAGAUACUGACGAUAAUCGCGUUACGACCAACCAGAAGCAUAUGUAUCUAUGUAGCUUGGCUCUGAAGAUAAGGGCACAUGCUUCUGCCCGUAAUCCCAAGGGUACUUGUCGCCAGCAAACAGCGCACCCACCUUCCCUUCCACCCUUCUCCAUCUCGAUCAUGGGUCGCUCAGAGAAAUACAACGUCGAAUCGUCAGGAAUGCCGUACCGCGAAGAAGAGACAGAAUAUCAAGACCAAACGCCAAAUAAUUCAGUGGUAUUCUUGGCCAUCUUUAUACCCCUUCUGUUGAUCGUCAUCCUUCCCAAGGUUGCCCAGGCAAUGAUCAACAGCAGCACCAUGAAUAUCAUCCAAAUGAACAUGACCAAUCCACAGGAGACGUCCGUCCAAGUCUCGGUCCAGGCUGCUAUCGAGGGCAUCCCUUCGUUGUUUGCGGCCACGGUCGAGUUUUUGGAGCCUGCGCAGGUGUUUUGGGUUAGAGACGGUAGUGGCGGUCAGUCUCCCAAGGUGGGACAAAUGUCGUUGGGCGUCAUUGAGAAGAAGGCAUUUGCGAAAGCGGAAUUCACCCAGGCGACAACCUUUCAGAUUGCAGACCCAGUGCUGUUUGGCGAGUUUGCCAAAGUCAUGUUGGCAGCGGACUCUUUCGUCUGGAACAUGAAGUCGACAAUCAACGUGAAGGUCAUUGGUAGGACCAUCAAGGGCCUCACCAUGGACAAGUCCCUGACCCUCAGCGGAUUGAGCAAUUUCGCAAACCUUAAGAUCCUUGCGUUCGACAUCCCAUCCGAUGCCCCCAACGGUGCAGGAGCCCUAGCCUCGAUCCAGGUUUCGAUCCCCAACUCUUCGCCCAUCGGUAUCUCACUCGGAACCAUGGAGCUCGACAUGAAGCUCGAGACCGCGUACCUUGGCAGGAUCACCGCCAGGAAUGUCAAACUCGUUGGAGGGCAGGAGACUAUCUUGCACCUGGAGGGUACUAUUCUUCGACAGACUGAUCCUAUUUCUCUUCAGGAACUCUCGUCGAUGAUCUCCAACUACCUCGCCAACAUUCCUACCACCGCCUAUGGCCAGGGUGUCUCUGUCCUCCCUGAUGGUGUCCACCCUGUCUCUUGGAUCACGACAGCUAUUACUUCAACCAAGAUGUCUAUCCCUUUGCUGCCACCGACACCGCUGAACUUCAUCAAGCAGAUCAACAUUGCAGGACUGGACCUUAAAAUGACGCCUGACCAACCCUGGGCUCCUAUCGUCGCCUCACCCGGUAUCAGCGCUGCCUUCCAACUACCCUUCAACAUGACUCUCAACAUCACCAGCAUCUACGAACCACUAUUGACCAUCGGAUACAAGGGCACACCCAUCGCCGAUAUCACAACAGCGGUUUGGAACCAAACCUCGUCCGACAUGGCUCACAAUAACAUCUCCUUCACGCUACCAACCUCUUCGAUGCCCAUCCAACCUCAAGCCCACGAUGCUUUUGGAGACUUCUUGAUUGCUGUCACUCAGCAGGAUUCGGCCACGUUUGAUAUCCUGGGACAUGCCAAGAGUUCAGCCGCAACCGCCCUGGGUAACGUCAACAUCACGGUGCCUUUCAACACCAGUCUGGCGCUGCAAGGUAUCAACUUUGGCAACAUGAAGCCAGAACUCGACGGGAUCGUGGUCGCAGGAUCGACGGUGGACUAUGUCAUCCUGAACGCGACCGUCAACAUCCCCAACCCUUCCAUCUUUACUGUCGAAGCAGGACCAGCUACCUUACACAUCGUUGCGUCUGUCCAGAACAUGACCGCCUACGUCGGAGACGUCCUUAUCCCCAACCUCCGCCUCGCCCCCGGUGCGAACCCUCUCCAGGCUCAGGUCCACUUCAUGCCCAAGGACCCUGUUUUCCGUGAUGCCUUCUUUACACAGUACAUUAAGGGUGCCAACUUUGCAGCAUCGAUCUACGGAGACGCCAACUCGAGUCCCAUUGUCUCGCUAGCACCCAUCAUGGAAAACCUCAAGAUGUCAAGUGUUGUCCCCGGAAUGAACCCUCCGCCCAAGCUGAUUGUCGGAGGAGGCGGAAACACUUCUGUAGGUCAGUUCCUUAGCACCAAUGAAAUCAUGCUCCAGGUCCAGAUCUUGAAUCCUCUCCCUGUCACCCUGUGGAUCCACAACCUUGCCGCAGAUGUAUUCUGGCAAACCUAUCCAUUCGGAAGCAUCAAUAUCGCACAGACUUUCCCCAUCAAACCCAGCGGCGUCGACACAUCCCCCUUGGUCAAGGUCCAAAUCGCGUCAUCAUACGAUUUCUGGAUGUUCAUGAUCAGUCGGUUCAUCCCCGCCAACUUGGGUGUUCUCACGGGCGCCACGGUCUAUGUCGACUUGACGGCCAAGAUUAUCGCGACCGUGGACGGGAACAAGGGUAUCGGAUACGAGGCAGGGAUCACCUAUGCCCAGGACAAUGUCGGCGUCUUCUUGAAGAUUGAGUUUAGUCUUGCCGGGAUGGGCUUUGGACUCAAGAAGAGGGGCGAUGAUGCUGGCUUUGAAGCUGAGGCUGUCGAAGCAGCUCCGUCAUCAAGGUCCUUGUUUGGCGGUGUCUUUGAUCGGGAUUUGAUACUCAUGGAGGAACAUCUUGCGGUGGAGCCUGUCCGGGAAGAUUCCACUGCCUACUUGAAGUGGUUGAGGAGAGCUGUUGAGCUGUCAUAUCCGGAGGAAGCCGCUCAGGAUGUCCAUGGCUUGGGAGCAUGGGGCUCGUACAUAAUCUAA